GAAAGUGGAAGACGUUCAAGUUACAUCUGUCGUGUGUGUAAUUCUAUAUAGCUAGCGAGGAAGCGUGGUGAUUAAUUAUAAAUGACUCGGUUUUGUUUGUUUUUUGUUAAAACUUAGAUCUAUAUAUAUAUAUUAUAUAUGUACAGUGUUUCUGGGCCGGGGUAGGCACGGACAACUCGAGGAUAUGAUUAUUCCAUGAUGUGUACUUCGGUGCAUUUUUCUGCGCAGCUCAGCGAAGCAUAAACAUUAUUUACGGGGAUAGAAUGUUACACGCAUGCAGUAAUGUUUUGUAUACUCUAGUAACAGGCCCGAUAAAAGUUUCGAUUUUAAAUUCCUGGAUCCGUCACUUUAUUUUAUCAACACCUUGUGAAAACAAGAUUAAAGGUUAAUCACGUUGAAAUGGUUGAUGUGCCCCGCCGUUCGUGACUACCGGUAAGACAGACGAGGGUAGCGAAGAUGUACGGUAAACUACCGAAACGGCUCAAAUUUAGGUGUUCUCAGAUCGCCGUGAAUGGGGUGGUGUUCGUCCUGUCAUUGUGUGCCUGCAUACCGAGCGGCUGGACUUACAACUUCUUUAAUUUUGAGUGUAUUCUUCGCGCCGACUUGUCGGUGACACUGAAUGUGAAGGAUAAUGACACAGUUAUUCUGGACUGGGGCGGAUCCACGUGGGGAGAACCAACCCAGUGUCUUGUGUCCACAUAUGCCCCCGUUGUAGCUGCCAUACACGCUUUUAUUUGGAUCUGGUUUUAUUUACAGAUGAAAGAACUGGACGGUAACAUGCAGUCGUUACCGGCCCUCCUCUUUGGGAGUGUCCUCCACAGCUGUGUGAGCCUGGCCCUCCUCGUUUGUAGCGGGAUGCUCACCGUGGGAUUAAACAGAUUCUGUAACAAUCUUCAGUCCAAAUUACAAUUUUCUUAUCACACUUACAGUUGUUCAGAACUUGAGAGUAUGCACUGGACGACAUUGAAAGGCACGGAAAAGUUUUAUACUUACAUGAAAGUGUCAGAGAUCAGUAGCUGGUUCAUCGCUGUGACCUCGGCAAUCCUGGCAGUGAUGAACGGAUACAGAGCCAAAAGUGUAAUUUACAAACUCCAACACAAAGGAGAUCCGGAAACCGGAUCAGUACUACUCCGCAAGGGGAGACAAUUCGGAUCAUCACAUUUUUUCUUGGACGAUUCAUCGUCAAUAAGAAGUAGUUCUGCAGAACGACCAGCCAAAAUUGUGUGAUAUUUAAGUUGUGCAAUACUCAUUUGAAGUUCAUAUAAUUAUGUUCAGUAUUUAGGCCAGCAGCUCGUUCCCUGCUGUAGAGUCUAUGACUUGAAUUUUGUUAGUAUGUGAUAAAAAUAAUUAUCUGCACAAAGAGGAUCUGAAAAAUUUGUUUAGAAAGUUACAUGCAAGAUAAAUCCAAUAUGUAAAUGCUUCCUGGUCCUACAGAUAUACACAACUGUACAGAAUGCUGCUUGAUGUACCUAUACUUAUGUCUGAUGAUGAGAUCUAGGUGUGCUUGGUUAAAAUUUUACAAUACAUGUAUUGUUGUUUGCGUGUCCAGAAGAUGGCACGGCACUUGUUGAAGGAAAGCAUUUGUUUUAUAAGAAAUAAAGGACAGGAACUAU